AUGUUCAGAUUAAUUAGAAGUUCAAUAAGGAGAUACCCAUGGGGUAAGUUAUCCACUAAUUCCCAACGUGCCUUACUAGUAAGACCAUCACCAUUAUCUACAGUAUGGGUUGGUUUAUCAAUGGCUGGGGCAGGUGUAGUACUUUCUGGAUUAACUACCAAUAACUCAAUAAAGCUUGAAAAAGAUAAUCAAGCCUUAUCGAUUGAAGAAUCUGUUUCGGUUGAUUCUAGUAUUGAUGCAUUCCCACUUGAAAUAAAGCAGUCUGACAAAAAACAUUUGCAUCAAAAUUAUCAAAUGUUGGGAUUUGGAGUUAGAGCUGUUACAUUUGUAGGGUUUAAAGUUUAUGGUGCUGGGAUAUAUAUCUCAAAGGAUGAUAUUAAACAGACAAAGACUAUACUUAAAGGUGAAGACUCUAUUUCCGAGGAGAAAUUACUUGAUGUCGAACAAUCAGUUCAAAUCAUUAAUAAAUUAGUGGAAAAUCAAGUUAGAUUCUUAGUUAGAAUAAGUCCAGUUAGAAAUACUGAUUUUAAUCAUUUAAAAGAUGGUAUCACAAAAUCGAUAUUGGCUCAUCCAUUAGCUAAACAAGAAAGAGAAAGAAUGGGUGAAGGAUUAGAACAAUUGAAACAAAUAUUCCAAAAGAAUAGAGGUUCAGUUCCAAAGAAUCAUUUAUUAUAUUUAGAAGUUUUAAAAGGGGGGAAAUUAAGUAUUACAUAUGAAGAUCCAAUUAAGAACCGAGUUGUUGAAAUGGGAAUUGUUGAAGAACCAUUAGUUUCUAAAGCUUUAAUCUUACAAUAUUUAAGUGGUAAGAAACCAUUAAGUGAUUCUUUAAGAAAAAGUUCAAUUCAUGGAUUAAGUGAACUUAUUAAAUAA